AUGGCCAGCCCACGAGGCGCGCGCGCGCCCUCGCCGCUGCUGCUGCUCUUCCUCGCCACUCUGCUGCCUCUGCUCGCCGCGCCGGCCGCGUCGGUGAUGGUGAGCGCUGCUGCUGCGUGGAGUGGCGGCAGCGACGAUCCCAUGGGCAGCGACCCCUCUGCCGCCGCGUGGACCACUGGCAGCGACGCGACCGGCCUUGUGACCGGCGGGCCGCGCAUGGCGCUCGAAGAGGGCGAGGGCGACGCGGGGGACGAGAUGGCGGGCGGGUGGGCGCUGGGAGACGGCGGCUGGGGGGAUGAGGAGGCGCAGGGGGAGGCGGACGUCGAGGAGCGCGCGGAGGGCAGGAGCCUGGCGGAGGAGGGCGCGGGGGAAGAGGAGGAGAGCGCGGCGGAAGAGAUGGAGGGAGAGAUGGCGGAGGGUGAGGGGGAAGGGGAGGAGGAGGAGGAAGAGGGGCGCGUGCUGGCGGAGGGCGACUGGGUGGAUGAAAGCGAGGAGGGCGAUGCGGACGAGGAGAGCGAGGAGAGCGAGGAGAGCGAGGAGGGAAGGGUGCUUGCAGAGGAAGAGGAGGAUGAGGAUGAGGAGGUGGAAGAUGGCGAGGAGGAGGAGGAGAUUGACGGAGCGGAAGGCAGGAUGCUGGUGGAGAGCGGAGAUGUGGAGAAGGAGGAAGAGGAGGAGGGCGGGGAGAUGGCGGGUGAGGAGGAGGAUGAGGAGGAAGAGGGCAGGAUGUCCAGGGAGCUUCAGGAGGAGGAGGGGAUGGAGAGUGACAACGAGGAGGAGGUUGAGGAUGACGAGGGGGAUGAGGAGGAAGGGAUUGAGUUUUCACGCAAGCUGGCUGACGAGGAGGAGAAGAAGGGCGAGGAGAAGAAGGAAGAGAAGAAGGGCGAGGAGAAGAAGAAGGAGAAGAAGAAGAAGGAAGAGAAGAAGCCGGGGGUUCUGAAGAGGACGGCGAGUGCGAUCAAGAACUUCUUUACGAACAUCCGUGAUCGCAUCACUGGCAAGAACAAGAAGCCCGACAACAGCCCCCGCAAGGCAGGCCCCUCCGAUGCCAAGGAUGCCAAGGCCUAG